AUGGGCGAUUUUGUUGAGGCUCAGACUGGUAGCCCCGCGAACCGGCGAAUCCAGCGGCUGCGUUUCUUUCCAGGAAAGUAUAUCGGCGACCCCAAGGCGAUUAUGAACCCGCAUCAGGACAUCCGACUCCCCGAGUCACCAAUGUAUCCCUCUGUGGUUCCGAAAGCUAUUCCACCAGAUGUCAUUGAAUCCAGAAUGAGAAUUGCAGCCCAAGAUAUAGCGGUAGCCUCCGUCGUGAAUCCGCUAUCGAAAGUUAUGGUGGAAGACGUGCUGCCGCCUAUCUACGACGACGCUGGCAACUGCAACAAGUACUCCGGUAUACCUCGAAAUAUUCACCUCAAAUUCUCUUAUGAGGACGAACGAUGGCUGCAGCAUGUGGCGAAAGUGAUGGCCAGUCAGGCCAUUAAAAAGGCCAUUCAUCGUCUUAGAUUGGAGGGCACUAUUGUUUGUCCGUGGAAGGGCAAUACGAGACCCACGUUCGAAACUUGA